AUGCAGGCCUCCAGAGUGGUGUGCAAAGGUUAGUUUCUUGUUUCAAAUUAAUGGUUUUGACACGAAAAUUAAUGAGUUUUAGCCAAUUGUUGCGAAAAAUGUUGCAGUAGCGAGUACACAAUAUGUCACUAAGUGAUUACAGUGUAAAAUCAAGUUUUUUUGGCGCUAGGACAAAUGCGGUUUUUGUUCAUUUUUUGGUGUUAGAAAAUGACGUUUAAUAUUUAUUUAAUAGUUUGCCUAAUGCUACGAAAGACUGAUCAACUUGUUUUAGAGUCUUAUCGCCUUGUCGUGGUUGGAGCCGGGACAGGUGGGACAGCUUUGGCCGCUCAGUUCUCUAGUUCAUUGCUAAAAGGUCAAGUAGCUGUUAUUGAUGCUUCUCCAGUAAGUUUUCAUGUAGUUUUCUUAGAAAUUCUGCAAUAAUGUUAUUGUUUAUGUAUUUUGGUUUAUGGUUUUGCUGAUAAACUUUUAUAAAUAUUCAUAGUUAUAGUCAAAAAAGUAUGGUAAUGUUGUAGAUCCACUACUAUCAACCUGGAUUUACUUUAAUUGGAGGAGGUCUGAUUCCUCCCGCUACAGUAAUAAAAGAACGACAAAGCACGUUGGCUAAGAAUGUAAAAUGGAUAAAGCAAGAUGUCGCCGAGUUUAAUGCUAAAGACAACUCUUUGGUCUUGAGGUACUGUUAGCACAAAGAUAUUGCACAUUUAAUGAAUCAUUAAAGCUUUCUUUGUCAUUUUUGUCAACCUUGAUGUUGACUUUUAGUCUUAGCAGAUAGUUUGUAUCGUCACUCAAUUCUAAAAUUUUUUUUUAAAACUAAUUGCUUUGAAAUUUUAUAAAAUGGAAUUACAGAGAUGGGAAAGAAGUAGGAUACGAUUACCUUGUGGUAGCUACUGGAAUCGACACAAGAUACGACUUGAUUGAAGGCUGUGAGAAAGCAUUGAAAGAUGAAAACAGUGGAGUCUGUAGCAUAUACCGCUUCGAUCUUGCUCAGAAGACGUAUCUUCAGCUUCAGAAGUUCACUGGAGGUAACGCUGUCUUCACUUUUCCGAAUACUCCGAUAAAAUGCCCUGGAGCACCGCAGAAGAUCUGCUACAUGGCUGACGAAAUAUUUACUAAUGUGAGUUAGUGUAGACGCUUGAAGAAUGUAAAGUAAAGAUAAGGGUUCGGUCCGCAAAAAUUUUUGGUCGGCCAGUCUGGUCCGCUCCGGCAAAACACUUAUCCUGGAUAUUGUUGCAGAAUGGAGUCCGCGACAAAACAAAAAUCAUCUUCAACAACACAUUGGGUGUCAUCUUCGAGGUCAAGAAGUACGAAGACGAGCUGAUGAAGGUGUUGAAGCAGAAGAAUAUUGAGUAUCACUUCAGGAAUAACCUGAUCAAAGUUGAUACUGAUAAGAAAAUAGCAACUUUUCAAGUUGUUGACGAUCAAAGGAAGCCGACAGACAAAGUUCAAGAAAUUCCAGUAAGUUGACAUUUUUAAAGUGACUACAACAGUAAAAAAUAUGAUCUCCAAAUCUUUACAAUUAUUUAAGAAACCAUAAUUUAAUUUUUAGAAUUCUCUAGCUCGAAAGCUAUUCAUCGAUAUUAUUUUUAAAUUUUAAAAUAUGUUUUUAAUAUUUUAGUAUGACCUUUUACACGUUGGACCACCUUGUACUCCAGUGAAAGCUUUGAGAGAAGCCGCUGCCUCAGGCAAUCCGUUGACAGAUGCAGUUGGAUAUGUAAAAGUGAACGAAAGGAGUUUACAGUCAACUGAAUUUGGCAAUGUCUUUGCUUUCGGAGAUUGUGCUGGUACUACUAACAAGAAAACCGCUGCUGCUGUUGGUAAGCUAUAAAGUAGAGUUUUUCAAUGUUUUUGAAUACCAAGUUACUUUUUUCUGAUAUGAUUAUUACAUAAAGCCCGGUAGCUUACUAUCAUUUAUGUUUUCAGCUCAUCAAUUAAGAACCCUGAGCCAGAACCUGGACUCAGUAAUGAAGAAAGGCAAAGUAAAAGAUGAGUACGAUGGCUACGCGUCUUGUCCUUUGGUAAUUGACUCAAAACAUGUUAUUUUGUCCGAAUUCAAUCAUAAAGGACCAAUCGAAACGUUGCCUAUCAACCAGGCAACUCCUUCUUACACCAACUACUGGAUUACUCGCUACUUUUUACCAUGGCUCUACUGGUCACUCCACUUGAAAGGCCAAUGGUUUGGUCCGCGCAAGAUACGAAAGGCUUUGAGAUUUGGCAAAGAUUAG